CCAAAAUGAUGCCGAUUACCCGUGAGCUCAGCAAUGAUGAGAAUUCUGUCUCUCAAAGCUUUGUUGUUGCAGAUACGUUAAAUACGUGCCAAGCCCCAGUUAGUUCCCGUUCCUAUUGAACUUAUCAGAAAUCCAACUUAUAUGAUUCGCUGCUGUAAAAAGCCAUUAUACUUUGUGUAAACAAUUCGUUCCCUAACUACCCUGAAUAUGUCAGAAGUACCCAUCCCUGAAGAGAAACUACUCUACUUCGAAGAGCGCAACAACGAUCAGAAUGAAUCGAUAAUCUUCUUACAUGGUGGGGGAGGCAGUCAUGUUGAAUGGAAAUCGGUUGCUCCUCAGCAAUCACUGUCCUCCUACCAUCUAAUUCUCGUCGACCUUCCAAUGCACUCUGGAUCCUGGGACAUUGGGCGUCCUCUCACACUCGCAUCAGCUGCUGAUGAAGUAUUUAAAGUCAUUCAGAAUCACGCACACGGCGGAAAAGCACACGUUGUCGGUCUAUCUCUGGGUGGUUUUAUCGCUCUCACUCUCACAUAUCGCCAUCCUGACGUCGUAUUGUCGACGUUCUCAACAGGUGCUUACCCAUACAGAGGAAUGUUUAAGUGGUUCAUGGAGCACCCGAUGGCCAUGUCGAUUGCGAAUUGCAUACAGAACAUUCCCGGUGUGCUCGAGGCAUCGUUCCGACGGCAGGGAAUUGACUAUGAAGAAUGGCUUGCCGAAGGGAAGAAGAACCAUUCACCUGAGAGGUCCAAGGCGAUGAACAAGGAGCUCAGUGCCUUUAGUAUGGAUGACGUCAAAGCUGUUGCAGACUCUGGGGUCAGGACUUGUGUUAUUGCGGGAGGGAAGAUGGACCAGGUGGAUCCUGUACGAGAUAUGGGUGUUAUUCUGAGAGAGGGAGGAGAGAAGAAGGGAGUUAAGAAUGAGGCUGUCGUUGUGAGGGAUGCUUAUCAUCCAUGGCAUUUGCAAUUGCCAGAGUUGUUUGCGGCUGGGAUUGCUGAUUGGGUCCAGGAGAAAGAACUGCCCAAAGAGUUUGAGGUCUUGUAGCCUGGUCAAUUUAAGUGCAGUUGGACCCGAAAGGAACAAGGGCGUUAGGGGUAUGCCACUUCUGUUGCCAUUACGUGUAGUAAUAUUCAUUCAAUAGGUAAGAGUUUCACUCUAGGACGAGUUGUUUAUAUUGCUUUCAAAGGUUUGACAGAAACCUGCAGCAGGGCAC